AUGUCGACAAACUCCUCUGAACGGACAAUUAUCCCCUUUCUACGUGGCCAAGGCCUUUUAGGCUAUAUUGACGGCAGCCAUGUCUGUCCACCGGAGUUCCUCACGGCGACGACGCAGGCAGCCGGCUCCAGCACCACCGUGGUCGCAUCUUCCGAAAUCAACCCGGAGCAUGCGGCGUGGGUUCAACAGGACCAGCUAAUUAUGUCUCUUCUGAUCUCGUCGUUAUCCGACGAGGUCAUGCCAUUGGCGGUUGUCCGGGAAACGUCACGCGAGGUCUGGCUCUCCAUCAAUGACUCGCUGGCGUCCUCCACACGAGCUAGGUGUCUUAAUCUGCUCGGCCAAUUUCAGACGCUCCGGCAAGGCAACAUGUCGGCCUCGGAGUAUCUCGGGAAGGCAAAGAUGCUCGUUGAAGCCUUGUCCCUCGCUGGCCAUCGACUCACGCUAGACGAACAGGUGCUCUACGUAUUGAGGGGCCUUCGCCCGGAAUUCCGGGCUAUGGCGAGUGCACUCACUGUGACCGGCACACCGGUAACGCUAUCUCAGCUCGGCGACCUUCUGCAAGCCCAGGAUUUCAUCCAGGGAGAUGAGUUCUCGAUGGAGUACGGGAAUGGCGCUCCAGUCGCCAUGUACGCUGGCCGUGGUGGCCAGUCGAGUGGGGGCUCCGGACGAGGUGGCCGGCACAGCAGCAACAAUCACGGCCGUGGGCGAGGAGGUCGGAACUCCGGCGGCCGUGGCCGUGGCAGCCCUCGCUGCCAGAUCUGCAGGAGUCACGGCCACACCGCCGUCUUCUGCAACCGGCGCUACACCGAGCCUCCGCCGUCACCACACGCCCACGUGGCCGUUGCAGGUACUCCACCGGCAGCAGCAGAAACUGCCCAGCCGGAGGUCUGGUUUCCGGACACCGGAGCUACCACUCACGCGUCGCCUGAUGAAGCUAUGAUUGGGCAAUCCGAAUAG